ACAUUCUUCUAAAAAUAUGUGUCUGUGUUCUGCAGAAGAAAGAAAGUCGUACACAUCUGAGUAAAUGAUGAGAGAAUUUUCAUUUUUGGGUGAACUAUUUAUUUAACUUAAAUAAAACCAGUUAAUUGAAAUGUUACCACAUAAAACAAUUUUUUUUCAGUGUGGGAACCUAUAGACUCAGUCAUUAUUCACUUUCAUUGUAAAAGUGAAUGGGGACAGGGGCUCCAUUUGUGUUCCAUAUAUAUUAAAAGUAUGAAACAUUUAUAAAAUAAAAAAAUAAACCCUAACUGACAACAAGAAUAAGAAGAACAUUUGAAAAGAAAUGUUAACAAAUGAGGGUCAUGCAGGAACUUCUGGGAAUAUCCUUUUAAUUGUUUUUAUGAAUGUGUCUCAUGUCCAUUUUACUGGUUUUCACCAUUGCAUUUGUACAAUCCUUUACCAUUAGUCACUGACAUUUGUACAGUGUUACAUUUAUAAACCACCUGUUUCAAAGGUAACCAUCCAUUUGCUAUCGUAUUUCUAAUUGUCUACAACACUUGUAGUUGAAGGAUGCUUACAACCACACUCAAAUAUGAGGUCUGUGAAGUAAUAGGCAAAAAGUAAGUAACUACUAAUCUAGAAUCAGAUUGAUAUCCUACAACACAUAAAACAAGCCUCUUUGUAAGAUUGUGGGGAAAUCAGUGCAUGCACAUAAGGCAUGGCAGCAAUAUCAUGUUGGCUGUCUUUAGUCCACUGGCAUCAUGCCCUCUUGGCUGAAGGAUUGCUGAGAAUGAGGGGAACACUUACGUGAGAACUGGGAAAUAUCAUAUUCACUUUUCUUGGCUGCCUCACUCAAUUACAACAGUAAUAAAGCAGGUCCAAAGUUCAGCCCAUGCUGUCUAUUAGCUAAAACAAGGGAUGAGAUAGCACCAGUUCAGAUUCAUCUGACUCCUCAAGUGCUCACCUGCCUCCCCAAUUCUUCAACAUGGGUAAGUUUCAUUUAAUAGUUUACACUAUGCAUGGCUUUCAGUAUUAUGUUAAUUACUGAUUAAUUUGAACUGGUCUGUUUUAGUAUUCUUAUUAUUGUGGUGGUGGUUGUUGUUUACGAUUAAAUCUUUAUCAACGUGUUGUUAUUCCAGAUACUGUUUAUUAAUUUCCUGAGAAAAAAAAUGAUGAGUAGAAAUAAUUCAGUUCCUCUGAAAGUUAAUAUGCAUUGAUGAUAUAGUGGUUUGGAUUUUGUAUUAUUUUGUGAAAGCUUUUGAGUAAAACUGUCCCUCUUAUAGGAGAACAGGAAAAGCCAUUCAAAAUGAAGAGCAUCCUGAAGGACAAAACUCUAAAACUGGAGAUGCAGAGUCACUCUAUUGGGGCAGUACGCUGGACGUUACCUGAGGAAGACGUUCAAGCCCACAGUUCUGCUCCCAGCAGCCCCUUCAAGAACAGUGGGGCUUUCUCUACACGCUCACAGCAAAGGCAACGUCAGCAGGGCUUGAAGGACCUCCGCAGUUUGCAAGAAUGCAUCCGAUUCAUCAACCAUUGGAAGGAACAGGUGGCACAUGUUUGUAAGACGGGGAAUGAUGGCGAUGAAGGGUGCAGCAAAUGGACAGAAAAGCAGGCAGACCCCAAAACUGAGCGUAGUCUUGAAGAGAGCCGGAAGCUUAUUCUGCUGUGGGCCACUGAACUUAAAAGUGUAGACAAGCUGUCUAAAGAUCAUCCAUGGGUGAAGGAGAGAUUUGAUCAAGAAGAAGAGGAAGACACAAAGCAUGAUAAGGAUCAGAAUGAGGUGUUGGAGAGGAAGAUCAUGGAGUGGGCGAAAGAGCUACAGAGUGUGUCAGAGAGCUGUGGAAUGCUGGGAGAUGAGCUGGGACAGAUGUUGCGUCUCCUGGGACUGAGGAAGAAGAGGCUGGUUUCUCUCAUGCCAUUGCUGGAGUUCAUCACUUGGAGUUUGUUGAAAGAGGACAGCAAGGGCAUGAUUCCUCAUCUAUGGCUUUCAGCUAAGCAGCGCACCUGGAAAGCCGGCAAGCCACGAUACAUCCCUAAUUCAGUCUGGAGCUGGAUUGUCAGUGCAGCAGUGGAUGUAACUCUUGAUCCCAUGACCAACCAUCCCUGGCUGCAACUCUCUGAUGACCAGAAGAAGGUCCAAGAGUCCCUAAAAGAAGCUGAUCUGCCCUUCAGCCCUCAGCGUUUUGAUGGCCUGCCCUGCGUCCUAGGCUGGGAAGGCUACAUGAAUGGCCGGCAUUACUGGGAGCUGGAAAUUGCAAACAACGGUUACUGGAAAGUGGGGGUGACAUCUGCUUCCUCAAAGAGGCAUGGCCGCUUUCCAAUGAAUCCCUCUAAUGGUUAUUGGAUCCUGUGGCGCAGCACACGGCAGUUCUUCGCAUGCACCAAUCCUGAAACUCCACUGCCACUCUUGCUGCUGCCCCGGAGGAUGGGGAUCUACAUUGAUUAUGAGGAGGGACAGAUUUCUUUUUACAAUGCAGUGAAUAAAUCACACAUCUACACCUUCACAGGACACUUUCGUGAGAAGUUGUACCCUUUCUUUUCCCCGCUGGAUGGCAGGACCCUAAUGACCAUUUGGUCUCCUAAUGAACUUGCUAAAUUUUAACAAGGCUAAUUAAAACAAUUAUCUUUCUUUCUGUGCUGCUCUUUGAACAUAUAUACCUGAUUCAUGAUCUAUAAGCACAACAUUUAUUGUCAGGUUUUGUUUUGUGUAUGUCAUGUGCAUUCUUUUGUAUUUGUAGUUUAUUUUGCUCGUAAAUCUCUUACAUUCUCCCUUUGUGUGCAUAUUCCAAAACCAAAGAGCAACUAACAUUUUCAUUCAGAGAAUUCAAUCCCAUGGUGGGCUGGACCCACUUUAUGAGCGCUAUUAAAAAAAAACACUUUUAAGCACAUAGGUAAGAUUGCCUUCAUUCAUCGUAAUUGAAAUGCUCCAUCAACCAUUGCUCCAUCCAUGUAUCUAGAUAUUCUAGACAUGUCUUUCUCUUUCUGUCCAUUUAUAUAAUGUAUCAAUGCAUGUUUUAUGUGGCUAAGUGAUCAUGGAACUAAGUUUAUUUGCUUGUCUGGCCAUGUAUUUAAGUAACAGUAUGUGUUUUGGCACAAAAUAUUAUAAGGGAUAAGAUGCUAUGUAGCUCAUUAGCCAUCCAUUUAUUUCACUGAUAGUACAAGCAAUCAAUGUCCAUCUUGUAACCAUCUUAAUACAUCAAUAAGAUCAAUUACAUAUUUAUUAUAGCAAUGUUUGUGUUAAUAAUGUCUAUUAGAAGUGAAAACAUUCAAUUUUUUAUAGAUACUCUGGAUGAUUGUCUUAAUUAAAAAUAAAACACAGAUCGUCCCUCUGCACUGCAGUGUU